UUAUUUCGUAUAGCAAGACUGUGAUCAUAUGACAGUCGAUCAUCUAUUUUCGAACAAAAUGGCUGUGACAAUGGCUCUUUUUUGGAUAACUCUUGUUUUAUCAGUAAUUGGCUCCAAUGCCUCGGGGGAAUUGGCUGUCUUGCACAGCCCGAAAUCCCUGAAGUUCUCAGGAUCUAGCAAGACCCUUGAGAGUGGCCUGAAAGAGGUUUUCUCCGCUUCCCUUGGACUGUCCGUGGAAGAGAACUCUGACUGGGAUGGGCUUUCAAUUGUAGACCCAUUCAACACCCCUGAGGCUGCAGUAGAGGUCUACAUUGAUGGAGUUUCCAGCCUUGGAAAUGAUGCUGGGUUGAAGUCAAAAGUAUACCCACUUACAGUUGACGAGUAUGAGCCUGACACAUUUGAAGCCGUGAAACACAGGAUCAACCAGAGAUUUACCAAUGGUGGCAACAAACUUGUCAAGAUUGACCUUUCAGACACUGAUCAGUUAACAUCCAGGGCUGACAUAUUUGGAGAAAUCACUCCACCAAAGGUUACAAAAGUAUCUUUGCAACACUUGAAAUACUCUGUUGAAGAAGACUACCAGUUCCUUACUGAAUUGGAGGCUUUAAAAACUAUUGCCAACCAGGUUCGGUCGUUGAGCCCCGACAACAUUGUUGACUUCUACAACUUCAGAUUCCGUUCCCUCCAUGCUUUAUCUGACUACCAUGGACCUAACUCUCUGCAAGCUAAGGAGGCUAAGAAGCUUUUGGGUGAUGUGCUGGAAGAUUUGAGCAAUGCCUUUGUGAAGGCAUACGAUGGAUCGGUACUGGUAACUGCUGUGACCACAGAUGUCAUUCACAGCCGCCGUGUUACCCGCUCAGUUAGCAAUGAAGGAAAAUUGAAAGAUACUCAGAGCUUCAGCAGCGACAAAUACACUUCAGAUUACUCCGCCAUUUUCAACAUCAUCCUGUGGUUCGGAGUUGUUUUCUCCUUCACUCUGAUCGCCAUUGUCUAUGCUAUCAUGGAUAUGGACCCUGGCAGGGACUCCAUUAUCUACCGUAUGACAAGCACGAGGAUGAAGAAAGACAACUAAAUUAAUUAGUUUGUGAAGCUCACACAGAACUUUUAUGUGUUCUGAUCACACUUGUGAAUAUGAUCCUGAAAUGAACACCUAGGAGAUUUUACUGUAAGCAGUAAUUAACUUGUCUUUAAAACAUUGUUUUAUUCAUAUUAGAGUCACAGCCACAAUGUUUGAAUAGACACUGUAAAAAUAAUUAGUUGUAAUGUGAGUUGUUGAAAUGUAUGAGCAGUUUAUAUUUAUUUGCAGUUAUUGUACAUAAGUGUUACUAAGUUUACUGGAUAGUUUACGUAAUGGAGUACAAUACGACCUUCUGUAAAAUAUUAUUAUGUAGUGUUGCAAGUGAUGUGUUAGUAUGGAUUAAAUCGAUAUAAAAAUAAUAAUCAAUGUUUAUGUGCAACCCUACUCAUUGACUUACGGCUUUUAAUGUAUUUCAGUAUUAUGUACUGUUUUAAUUACUGUUGGAAUUAAUGUUCAGAAAUAAUUCAGAUAAGCAAAUAAAUCUAAUAAACAUUCCCACUGUAA